CGGCCUUACUCGUUAUUUCAUAUGGCUCACGCGCAUCCCGGAGCGCUUCAUUAUGAUUCUUUUCCGAAUAAUCUUUUACUGGCUCACAAUGGCACGUUGGCCCUGGCCCCGCCCGCCUCACGUACGGCUGCGCCUGUCCCCUCUUUCGCUGCCACUCAGCCGUAUCAAAUCCGUGGUCGUCGUCCACGGAACCCCUCCACCAUAUUCCGGGAUAUAUUCUUCGCUACAUACAAGGUCCUUCUUCCAAGUAACGAAGCUGAAGUCAGCCGACUCGCUAGCGACGCUUGGCAUGAACUUUCAGAGGAGGAACGGCUCUUCUACAAAACGAUAGCUAAGUUGGAGAAAGAGGCGUAUGAACUUGGAAAGUCUACUCACGCGUUGCAGCGUCGCGGUUCUACUGGGGAUAAGGGCUCGAAGAACGACGGAGGGCGCAGGAUGAUCCCUUCUCUGUCGGUAGCCAAUCUACCGUACGGGUCAGUUGCCCAAGGCAUGGAUGCACAAUCUUUCUUCUACCGUACUCCCACUGCUGCGCCUGAGAUCCCUCGUAUUCAAUAUCCCCCUUUUUUCAUGACGAACACUGAUACGAUAACCCACGAUGUCCACGCGACUCAAGGACAAGGCAUGACUGACGUCCAGCACGGGCGUGCUACACAGAGCAUGCAAACUUCUCAGCAGUGGCCGCCUGUCCCUGCUGCCUUUGCUGAGAGUUCUGACUCUCAGAUCCAUAACCCUGUUUCCUACUACCACGACGUCUCCGGCCAAAGUUUCGCAGUAAUGAACCAAGCUGUGAUCCCCCAAUAUCUUCCUUCCGCUCCUGCUGCUGCGCCCGUCGUUCAUCGCCCGAACCCCACCACUGCAUCGUUUACCCAUCACCAGCAUGACGGGAACACAUACAACCACAACAACGGCUGGGGAGAGCCUUCGACCACGUAUGCAUCCUCUUCGUCCUUCGCGGAAAUAGGAUCAUCCAAUCACGACGCAGGGUCCAACAACCAUGGAAGAGCGCCCACCCAUGAUGGAGGACCAUCCACUUAUUAUGAGCUCCCUGCUGAGAACACUUGGGAUGGUUUAUACGGUCAGCAUCAGCUGUGAUCGUCAGUCUACAAUAGACAACCAUCCUGAGCGCCAGUUCUUCUCUUUUUGAUAUGGUUUCAUGAUUUUUUAUACCCGGUCAUACAGCUCUGUAGCAUAUAUUAUUUCUCCGCGUGCAGUUCCAGUCUUGAUAGUCACCAAUAGACCGAACGCCCUGUACGUAUAUAAGAUGCCUCUCUUGUACUCUUCAUCUGUCGAGUUGUAAUAAAACAGACAUCUGCUAGG